CGUCGACUUGGAGCGUUCAGUAGCAAAAUGAGCGACGCAGCGCCUACACGACCAGCACGAGUCGCAGUCACCCUGCUGCUAAUGCUGCUGUCUCUGCUGGGCUGCACUGCGAGCGAGAAGCCGACGUCGGCGGAGGACACAUCGUGGAUGGCGCCACUGCAGCAACAGUAUGGCUGGGAUGCCAGCGAGCUGAGGAACAAGAUGCAUCAGGGCGACGCGACCACCUACGAGCUGGGCACACCCAACUACCAGAUCCUGAAUCCGGAGGAUGAGCCCGAGUACAUAACGGCCGAUCAGCCGCACUACCAGGAGAUGCUGCGGCGCCUAACCAGCUCCAGCAAUGGCAGCCACACGAUAGACAUGACCAUGCCCAGUACCAUCUCAAGUGCCAGUGCCUCGGCCGUAGCCUCAGGCUCAGCCUCGGCCUCAGAUGAGCCCAAAGAGGUCAAGUGGGAGAAGCUGCAGAAGCGCAGCUUUCAUCAACCGGCAGUGGGC